GCACGCAUCGCUAAGCGGGACAGGAAGAUGACCGACUACGACAGUGCGAGGCAUCACUUUGGCUCCCUACAGAAGGGCAAGAAGCAGGACCAGGCCAAGAUCGCCAAGCCGAUGUCUCUUGUGGAGAAGGCUGCCCCAGGUUGGGCCCAGGGGAUUCUGUCAGCUCAUCAAAUAGCUCAAACUAACCUGACCAGAAACCAGGCAGAGGAGGAGUUAGGGAGAGCUCAGAAAGUAUUUGAGGAGAUCAACGUAGAUCUGCAGGAUGAGCUUCCACAGCUGUGGAACAGUCGUGUUGGCUUCUAUGUUAACACAUUCCAGAGUAUGGCUGGAUAUCAGCAGAGGUUCCACAAAGACAUGGGAAAGCUGAACCAGGACCUGAAUGAUGUCAUGACCAAACUGGAUGAGCAGAGGCUGGCCAAAAAGGCAGGUAAAGACUGGAAGCCUGGACCCAAGAAGAGUGAGGCAGCCGCCGCCAACCACAGCGUUACCCCAGACGCUGCACCCAAGACGAGGCUGGCACCCCCUGGACCCGCCCCUGUACGCCCGCCCCCCAGCCCCAGACCCUCGUUGACUCCAGCUCCAGACACGCAACAGGACAUAAUCUCGUUCGAUGGCGAAGCACUGGUUCCCGACGCUAACACAACCGCACCGUCACAGGCAACCGCACCGUCACAGGCAACCGCACCGUCACAGGCAACCACUCCGUCACAGCCGCAGGUCAGAUGAUGUCAUAAUGUCCCCUCAGGCUUCCAUCAACAUCAUACCCUCAGUGUCAACUCAGACGGCUCAUAGGUUCUAGCCUAGGGAUGGUCUGGUCUCCCACCUCCUCUUCCCCCUUGUUUUCCUAGGGAUGGUCUGGUCUCCCACCUCCUCUUCCCCCUUGUUUUCCUAGGGAUGGUCUGGUCUCCCACCUCCUCUUCCCCCUUGUUUUCCUAGGGAUGGUCUGGUCUCCCACCUCCUCUUCCCCCUUGUUUUCCUAGGGAUGGUCUGGUCUCCCACCUCCUCUUCCCCCUUGUUUUCCUAGGGAUGGUCUGGUCUCCCACCUCCUCUUCCCCCUUGUUUUCCUAGGGAUGGUCUGGUCUCCCACCUCCUCUUCCCCCUUGUUUUCCUAGGGAUGGUCUGGUCUCCCACCUCCUCUUCCCCCUUGUUUUCCUAGGGAUGGUCUGGUCUCCCACCUCCUCUUCCCCCUUGUUUUCCUAGGGAUGGUCUGGUCUCCCACCUCCUCUUCCCCCUUGUUUUCCUAGGGAUGGUCUGGUCUCCCACCUCCUCUUCCCCCUUGUUUUCCUAGGGAUGGUCUGGUCUCCCACCUCCUCUUCCCCCUUGUUUUCCUAGGGAUGGUCUGGUCUCCCACCUCCUCUUCCCCCUUGUUUUCCUAGGGAUGGUCUGGUCUCCCACCUCCUCUUCCCCCUUGUUUUCCUAGGGAUGGUCUGGUCUCCCACC